AUGGAGGGCGGCAAGCCCAGCUCCUCGCCCGGCAGCCGGGACGACGGCAGCCCCAGCGCCAACGCCUGCUUCCAGGCGAAGCCGUCCGCGGCGGCGGCGGACAAGGCACCGGGCAGCCCGGGCGCCGGCGGGAGCCUCAAGGACCAUGGCAACUCGGUGUGCUUCAAAGUGGACGGCGGCGGCGGCGGCGGCGAGGAGCCCAUGGUGGGCUUCGACGACGCCGACGGCUCCCGGAGGCAGUACGGCUUCAUGCAGCGGCAGUUCACCUCCAUGCUGCAGCCCGGGGUCAACAAAUUCUCCCUCCGCAUGUUCGGCAGCCAGAAGGCGGUGGAGAAGGAGCAGGAAAGGGUUAAAACUGCAGGCUUCUGGAUCAUCCACCCGUACAGUGAUUUCAGGUUUUACUGGGACUUAAUAAUGCUUAUAAUGAUGGUUGGAAAUCUUGUCAUUAUACCUGUUGGAAUCACCUUCUUCACAGAGCAGACAACAACACCAUGGAUUAUUUUCAAUGUAGCAUCAGAUACUGUGUUUCUGUUGGACCUGAUCAUGAACUUUAGAACUGGCACUGUUAAUGAGGACAGCUCUGAGAUAAUCCUGGACCCCAAAGUCAUCAAGAUGAAUUAUCUAAAGAGCUGGUUCGUGGUUGACUUCAUCUCAUCAAUACCAGUGGAUUAUAUCUUUCUCAUUGUAGAAAAGGGAAUGGAUUCAGAAGUCUACAAGACAGCUAGAGCACUUCGCAUUGUGCGGUUCACAAAAAUCCUCAGCCUGUUGCGUUUAUUACGACUCUCGAGAUUAAUAAGAUAUAUUCACCAGUGGGAAGAGAUUUUCCACAUGACAUAUGACCUCGCAAGUGCUGUGGUACGAAUCUUCAACCUGAUUGGUAUGAUGCUGCUGCUUUGCCACUGGGAUGGUUGCCUUCAGUUUUUGGUACCGUUGCUGCAGGAUUUCCCACAAGAUUGCUGGGUGUCCCUAAAUGGUAUGGUUAAUGAUUCCUGGGGAAAGCAAUACUCUUAUGCACUCUUCAAAGCCAUGAGCCACAUGCUUUGCAUCGGUUAUGGAGCCAGGGCCCCUGUCAGCAUGUCAGACCUCUGGAUAACCAUGCUAAGUAUGAUUGUGGGCGCCACCUGUUACGCCAUGUUUGUGGGUCAUGCUACAGCACUGAUUCAGUCUUUGGAUUCAUCACGGCGUCAGUAUCAAGAGAAGUACAAACAAGUGGAACAGUACAUGUCAUUUCAUAAGCUACCUGCCGAUAUGCGCCAGAAGAUCCAUGAUUAUUAUGAGCACCGUUACCAAGGCAAGAUCUUUGAUGAGGAGAGCAUUCUCAAUGAGCUCAACGACCCACUUAGGGAGGAGAUCGUCAACUUUAACUGCCGCAAGCUGGUUGCCACAAUGCCUCUGUUCGCAAAUGCUGACCCGAAUUUCGUGACGGCCAUGCUGAGCAAGCUGCGCUUUGAGGUGUUCCAACCUGGAGAUUACAUUAUCCGCGAAGGGGCUGUGGGGAAAAAGAUGUACUUUAUUCAGCAUGGGGUUGCUGGUGUUAUCACUAAAUCCAGUAAAGAGAUGAAGUUGACAGAUGGCUCCUACUUCGGAGAGAUCUGCCUUUUGACCAAAGGCCGCCGCACUGCCAGUGUAAGAGCUGACACGUACUGCAGGCUGUAUUCGCUCUCUGUGGACAACUUCAAUGAAGUUCUGGAGGAGUACCCCAUGAUGAGGAGAGCAUUUGAAACAGUAGCCAUUGACAGGCUGGACAGGAUAGGAAAAAAGAAUUCUCUUCUGCUCCAGAAGUUCCAAAAAGAUCUCAAUACUGGAGUUUUCAACAACCAGGAGAGCGAAAUUUUGAAACAGAUAGUGAAACACGACCGAGAGAUGGUGCAGACUGUUGCAGUGGCCAAUUUGCAACAAACGCCAGCACUUAACUCGAGCCCAUCGACAGCAGUCUCUCUGACACAGAUCAGGACGCAGUCCCCGCCUGUGUAUCCUGCAACCAGCCUCUCCCACGGGAGCCUGAAUUCUCCAACACCAAGCACACAGACCCCUCAGCAAGCCGCCGUUUUCUCGCCCUGCUCCUACUCUUCUGCAGUCUGUACCCCACCAGUCCAAAGCCCUCUUGCUGGCCGAACUUUUCAGUACGCAACCCCCACUGCCUCCCAGUUGUCGCUGCUGCAGCAGCAACAAGCAGUCCAGUCCCAACAGCCUCAGCAGAUGCCUAGUGCAGCAUCACAAAAGAGUGAUGUCCACAAGAGCACGCAAGCUCUUCACAACGCGAGCCUGACGAGAGAUGUGAGGCCGCUCUCCGCCUCACAGCCUUCCUUGCCCCACGAAGUUUCUGCCAUGAUCUCAAGACCUCAUCCGACGGUGGGAGAAUCUUUAGCUUCCAUCCCACAGCCAGUGUCCAGUUUCCAAAGCACAGGCAUCCAGCCUGGGGGCAAAGGGACGGUGCCGCAAAGGGUUGCCCUUUUCCGCCAGAUGUCUUCAGGAGCUAUUCCGCCCACGCGAGGGACCACGCCAUCCACAGCCACGUUACAAAGGGAUUCUUCCACAGUCUUAAGCACUGAACUAGAAGGAGAUAAACCACGGUUUGCUUCAAACUUAUGAUUCAGGCAGACUAUUAAUAAAGUGGAAGCAUGGAUGAAAACUGAGAUUAUUCCCAGGAAACUGCUUCAACCUAAUUUUGGAUAGAUUCCAGCUGUUCCCUAUGAAAAAGAAAAACUGUAGACAAAUGUACCCUUGAAAAUUGAAUGUACAAUAUACAGACAGACAGAAAGACAGAAGAAAAAAGAGAAAUCUAAACGGCCUCUCAUGCCUUCCAAAUCUAAAAUCAUUGGUUGUACUAUUAUUUAUUUUUAGGCUGGUUAAAAUAUUGAAGAAAUUCCUGUUCUGAUCCUAUGGUAAAAUAAACAAACACAUAAAUCAAAUGACAGUAUUAUUGAUUCCAGGAGCUAAGCCACAAAACAAUGGUGAGGACAACAAAAUCCGCAGAACAUCCCUUAGCGUGGAAGUAGCACUUGUGAAACCAUAGUUUUUAACUUUUCUCAGUCAAAGAUAUUUCAGACAUAGUUCCCACUUUAGAGGUCCAGAUUACUUUUUGGUGCUUUUACAUUCAGGUUUAGAUUGAAGGAUGAACACAGUCUUUGCUGUCUGCAGAAGGUAAUCUAGCAGCCCUGCUUUUUCUGAAUGAAAUCUAACCUCAGAAUAACUCUCCUCUUUCAGAAAGCUGGAUGGACUUCUGUCUUCAUAUUGGGGGAAAAAUUAGUAGAGACUCAUUAAUCCUGCUGUAAAUAACUUUUUAGACCCAAAAAUAAUAAUAAAAAUAGCUCCUGUGUGGUGUACCAUUGCAAAGUAUUGGUUUAGAAAUUUAGUUUCAGCUCUUCAUGCCAAAAUGUAACAUUUAAAAAUUUUACAAAAUGUAAAAUGCAACACAAUUGUAAUGCAAUGGCUUACAGUGCUACAAUGCUACUUUCACAUGCAGUGUUUUUAUGCAAAUUUGUAUGCUUGAUCCUGCUCUCUGUACUACACCAGUGCAAUCAUCAUUUUCUUCUUUGCCCUGGAUAGUUUCUGAAAAUAUUCCAUGCAUGCCUGGAAUUUAUUUAAUUUGCAAGAAAUAAACCUAAAGGUGAACAACAAAAACACCCUGUACACCAAGAUAACUAAUAGAUUCAGUCAGCAGAGUUUUUUGAGGGGGAGGACCAAAUGUACCCUUCUUACAUUCAGAAAGUGAUGAAUGUGAAUUGAUGGCUUUUGCAUUUCGUCUCCUACGGUGCUGACUUUGAAUCUGUAGUUAAAGACUGCACAUGAUUUUAUUUUAAUUUAUUAAAUGGGUUAUUUUGUCAAUCAUUGCUUCGGUUAGGCUUUCAGGCAUAUUCUCUGUCCUCACAGUAGUUUCAUAGUUGACUGUGGUGAUAUUUUUAAAAAGAAAUAAGUAUACUAUAGCAUCCUAUUUGUUUGGGAAUGCACGACUUGAUCAUUGUAUACUAUAAUAAUUUGGACAGCAUAUUCUACUACAGCAUCAAACAUAGAAAUGAGGUUAAUUUCUUCUUCUUCUUCCUCUUCAUGUCUGUUCAAAAGAGAGACCAUAAUAGAAUGCAGGGUUAAGGUAUAAAGUUGUGUAAAUGUUUUCUGUUAUUUGCUCCCAUCUUCUUGUUAGCAUACACCUUUGGGUGCUUCCAGGUGGAGGAUUUUCCAAAUGUCAGGUGUGCUGAUUCAAACUUCUUUCGUACUUUUAAUACCAUGCUACCAAUGUUAGCCACAUGAAUGGAUGUGCUCUUAGCAUGGAAUCAGGAUUGGAAUACUUCCUCAUCCAGCCAGCCCUCAAACAUGCAAGUGGAAUUUGCAGACAUCCUGGGGAGCAACACUCUAUGUAAAGUGGUUCCCAUGUAGUUGUGGAUAAUUUAAAAAGCUGGUCAUGGAGUUUUUGGUCACCUGCAAGCCAUGUCCUGAUCAUGCUGAACAUCUCUAAUCUAGAUGAUGGUCAAGUGGAAGCUACAAGCAUCUGCAUCUCUAGCAGAAUCUGAUGGAGCAACUGUUAUAUGUAAAUCUCAUUGCAGCUUAUUCCUCUUUCUUGGGUAGUCUUUCUAAUUUUACAAAGCAAAAUCAGACAUGGAGGAACUUGUAUGUUGCCUCCCUACAAAGGAGGUCCCUUAGUACAUUCUCAGUGCCUGGGGAGAGUCACAGUCAAACUGUCCAUGUCACUACGGAAUAACCUUCCGAACUAUUAUGCAUACUUCAGCCCCUUCGAUCCCAGUCCGCUCCUUGUAUGUCUGUUUCAAUCCAAUUAGAAAUAGGUAGCCCUUGACAAAACAAUGUGCCCAUUAAUAUUGAUAUCAUUGAGCAGUGGGAAGAUCAAAGUGGCAUCAUUAUGUGCUGUGAUGUUCCCAUAUACACCUGCAAGUUUAGUUUGUCCAGAUUAGAAUCACAAUGCACCAGGCACAACUCCUGUGAAAACGGGAUCCAAUUCAAUGGGACCCAUGUUGGAGAGGCCCUCAGUGAAUUGUGUUCAAAGUGUCCGGUCUCAGAAGUGUACGGAGCCUUUUUUCUCUGCAGGUACCUCAAUAUCUCCAAGGCAGCAACUGUGGAAUAGUGGCUUGAGGACUGCUGCCCAAGCGUCAUGCUGCCAGUUAUGCCUUUUCCUCCAAUUGUAGUUUGAAUGCCUACAUGAAUUAACCACACUUAAAGUUUUGUGUGAUUUCCACUUCCCAACAGAAUCAAGCUAACAAUAUAAUUUAUUCCGUGAAUACGCUGCUGAUGGUUAAAUGGGAGUGGUCAUGAAUCACAUACAAGGAAUGUAAUGUUUGAAGUAUUAUGGGUAAGCUGCAAGACCAUUUAUUUUUUGGUACGAUAGAACCCUGACUUUAUUUUAAUACUGAUGAUAAAUUUUAUCCAAUUUAUGAUAAACAUAUUCUGGUCCUUAAAACUUUUCAAGGUUUACAUUUGAUAGGAGCAUAAUGGAGUUGGUAGCAAACUAUUUUUAUACAUAUGUUUAUUUUAUUUUAAGUAUUCUGAAUAAGCAUUAACAUACAUGGUCUUUCAGUGAAACCAUAAAAAAUUUUUAAUGACUUUGUAUUAGAGUGGAUAAAAUCUAAGGUUUGUAAGUUAAUUAAAACUGGUACAGGGUAUACAACUAUAUACAUAUAU